AUGACCCAUUCAAAACCGAAAAUCAGCCCACUACUCUCAAUAAAAAGCAUUUAUGGGGCUUCAGUUGUUAGUAGUUCAUCUUUCUGUAUUUCAUUGAAGAAGUGCUCAACAUCAUCACAAUCAAUUAUUCAAGAAAAUGACUGCAUGAAAGCUGAUGGGCCCAAUGCCUACGCCAAUUUGGUUUGCUACACAGCGAGUGGAGGUGUGGUGGUCUGUGACGUGAGUUUACACGAUUUAGUUGUGCAAUCUCAGCGAUUCUUUUGUGCAAAUUUCCAGUCUCAUUCGUUGCUAUCAAAUAUCUCUGCUUCAUCAUCAUCAUCAAAUUCUUCUUUAAAAACAGACAAAUUUGGCUUUCCAAUUUUAACUGACCCUUUAGAAAUCAACUCCACUAGUAACAAUGGAGCAGGAAACUCGAGAAUUGAUGAAAUAAUGAACUCCAAUUCACAUACUCUGAAUAUGUCAUCUAUCAACAAUAAUAGUGGUGUCAUUACGGACAGCGGUCUUGGUCAAUUGUCUAAUAGUACCCCUAACAAUAGCGGAGCGCUGCAUACACUGCUUCGGAUCAAAGUGAGAACCAUCUCUUGCGUGUCAAUUUCUAGUAACCAAAAAUUAUUAGCAGUUGGCGAAACUGGUUACCAACCUCGAAUAUUACUAUAUUCUCUCGCUCCUGACGCCUCUGGUAGGCCAUUGGCAUCUAUUUCCGAGCAUACUUUUGGAAUCAACUCAAUAACUUUUUCUCCAAAUGGGAAAUAUUUGGCAUCAUUGGGAGUAUCUAAUGAUGGAUAUCUCAAUGUCUGGAAAAUAAAUAACGGUGCUAAUUUCGGAGUUACAUUAAUUGGGUCUAAUAAAUGCACCUCGAUUGUCAAUAACAUGAUUUGGCUAAAUGAUACCAUUUUCACUUUUGGGUUAAGGCAUUUAAAGGCAUGGAAAUUGGAUUUAAAUAGCAGUUUGAUAAACCUGAAAACUUUAAACGUCAUCAGGGGGAAAAAUGUGGUACUUGCAGAAUUAUUAAGUGAAAAUUUCACAGAGCUAAAAUUGGUUAGAAAUCAAAAAUCUGGAGAAUCAAAAAUUUUAGUGCUCACCGAAUCAGGAAUUUUGUGUAGCAUUGAGCUGGAAGCGUUAAAUAUAACUCCAUUGAUGAAGUUUAAGAAUAAAAUUUCAACUUUUUACGUUGAUGAUUUUCAGGAUUUAUUAUGGUAUGAAGAAUUGAAAAUCAAUGAGGGAAAUACAUCAAGCAACUGCCUAAAGUCUGUAAAGCUUUCGGAAUUAUUCGAGAUGAAAUUUAGCUUGGAUCAUGAUGACUUUACGAGAAACUCAUUAGUAGCGAUUCUGAGUAACAAUGGGAAAAAAAUCACAAAACCAUCCAGUGAAGUUUUAUCUAUUGUCAAAGCUGGUGACGAUAAAUUAUUCUAUGUCAGCCAAGAUGAAAUAAAUAUUUACUGCCAAUCUUCUAAAACCUCCACCAAUUUAAUUGAGCCGGUUUUCAAGUACAUUUCUGGUGUGAAAAAGAUUUCGAGUGCCAAUUCCUUAUUGCUUUGGUCUGAGAACGGCGAUUUGGCACAAAUCGGAUAUCCUGGGUCGACAGAGAAUAAUAAAGGAAUUGACCCCAAUAAAUUACAAAUCCACAGCAAACAAAAAUUUAAUUUAGUGGACUCCAUGAAUGAUUCUAUUGAUAAUAAAUUGACCUCUAUUUGCAUCACCAGAGAGAACGAGUUGGUGGUUGGUGACAGGUUGGGAUUUUUUCUUGUUAAGAACUUAAAGUCGAACAAGUAUAGUUAUUAUGUUAAAGCCCAUGAAUCUUCAAUCAAUGAUAUAAUAGAACUCACAGUAGGUGACUUCAUCUUCAUUGUCACUGCAAGCAGGGAUAGGACGUUGCAAGUUUUCUAUAAGAAAAAGUAUUCCAGUGACAAAGAGAAUAAUAAUAAUAGUAAUCAAACAGCUGAUGGUAUAGAGAUUUCGCAUGAUUCUCAGAAGUGGGAUCUUUUACAAACUUUAACGAUUCAUAAGGCUAAUAUUAUACAAGUUCUUAAUCAUGGCAAUAAGUUGCUUGUUUGUUCUGCCGAUAGGUCCCUAUCAGUUCAUAGUAUCGAGAUUGAUGAUGAUGAUGAUGAGCCUUAUGUCACUUGUGAUAAGAUCUUAGGAAUUAAAGGUACCCCCAUUAAAAUGAAUAUCGUUUCUUCGAACUCAUUGAAAAAUGCUCAAGAAUUGGUGAUUUCAACAAAUGAUAAACAGCUACUGGUUUACAACCUACCGAAUUUAGAAUUAAAGAGAUCUUUGAAGCUUUAUUGUGGUUUGAAUAAGAGCUUAUUGGUUGACAAUUUUGCUGUCAUGAAGGAUGUGGAUUUGAUUGCCUGCAGCUGCUCUGAUAAAAGUAUCAGAGUUUUCAAUUACUCGACUGGAAAACUAAUAACUACAGACUGGCCUCAUUCAGGAUUGAUUGUGGGACUUGAAGUGUAUGAUAAUAAGUUAUGUGCAGAUGGAGUGACAGACUCAUCAGAAAUUACAAAGAAUAUAAUAUCUUUAAGUAAUGAUGGGUGUAUCUUUAUUUGGGAGCUUAAGUUCCCUAAAGAUUACGAUACAGAUUCCAUCCAUGGAGACUCGAUGCUAUCAUUAGUUGAUUUUGAAGGAGAUCAUAAGAAAGCUACCAAGAAAAAAUCAUUAAUGGUCAUUCCCAAAGUGCAAAGAAAAAUUGUGAAAUCAAAAUCUGUAUCAAACAUGAGGCAUAAUUCUUCAAGUGUUAACGAUUCAUUGACUUUAAAAAGCAGGUCAAUUAAUAUUGAUAGACGGACUAAAAGUGGUGCUAUAAACUUGAAUUCACUAAAAGCCAAUGUCAAUAAUGCGAGCGGCAGUUUGUUUUUGAAACCUAAAGUCUCGUUGCCUUCAUCUAGACUGGUAUCAAAUGAUCCACCCCGCACCAAUAAACAAACUACAACUUUUUCUAAGGCUUCUUAUUCAAAGCGAGAGACUUCAAUUGGUCAAAAGCCAAAAGUUUCGAGCAACUAUGCUUCUAGAUCUACCACGAUGAAGAGGGCUACCGCAAAAGGUGUUUCGCAAUCAACUAUUAGUAGCGAUAAAUCAGAAGAUGAUUCAAACUCCAUUGAAGAUUUGUUAUCGUCACUUGGUACGCUCAGAGAAAAAUUGAAGAAUGGAGCUUUUGUUUCCAACAAUUUUGAAAAUUUGAAAUUGUUGAGACAAGAAUUGGACUUGACUCAAAAAGAUCUUGAUGCGAAAGGCGAGUUUGAAGAGAAAUUUUCAGAUUCUCUUCCCAUAAAACAUGAGUUUAUGAGGUCGUUGUUGGAGAAUUAUAGUGAUGAAUUGGUUAAUAUGGUGAAAAGAAAGCUAUAA